ACAACACCGGAAGAGUAAUAUUUAUAUGGGAAAUAUUGUACGCCCUGAGAGCCGUAGUGAUGACGAUCCGGGUGGCCGUGAUAGGAGCCGGGGCAGCUGGUCUGUGUGCUUUGCGGCAUCUCACCACUAGACAACCACAGUUCCAGGCAGUGUGCUUCGAACAGAACAGUCGUCUUGGUGGUACAUGGAUUUAUACUGACCAGACUGGCGUGGAUGACCAUGGCCUCCCCAUACACUCCAGUAUGUACAGAAACCUUAAGACAAACCUUCCAAAAGAAGUGAUGGCGUUCCCUGAUUUCCCCUUCCGGAAGGAUCUGCCAUCCUUCGUACGACACGAAGAUAUGUUAGAAUACCUCGAAAGUUAUGCAGAUCGCUUUGAUUUGUUGAAAUAUAUAAAGUUUUCCACGACAGUUAAUUCGGUUCACCCCCAGAAACCACACAGCAAUGUUACAUGGCAGGUGACAUACAAGACCCUGACAGACUCUGAUUUAACGCCUGUCACAGAAACGUUUGAUGCUGUCAUGGUUUGUAAUGGCCAUUACUCUGUACCACUUAUACCAGCGAUUCCCGGACUAGAUCUUUUCCGUGGUAAAGUAUUGCACAGUCAUGAUUACCGUUAUCCGUCCGAAUUUGAGGGACAGCGUGUUGUGUGUCUGGGUGCUGCGGCGUCUGGUCAAGACAUCAGUGUAGACGUGUCGUCUGCUGCUAAACAGGUUUACAUGUGUCACAGAAAACCUGAUUUACAGACAUAUCUCCCCGAUAAUCUUGUGCAGAAACCAGGAAUAAAACACGUCACGGAACAAACAGUUGUGUUUGAAGAUGACGAAGAAGUGACAGUGGACGCUAUUAUGUUCUGUACCGGUUAUAGGUUCAGUUUCCCUUUCCUGUCACCAGAGUGUCAGGUGAAAACUGAACAUGAACGUAUCGUACCCCUUUACAAGCACCUUGUUCACACGGAAUACCCAACUUUGUCUUUACUUGGAAUUCUGAAGACCAUUUGUCCUUUUCCAAACUUUCACAAUCAGGUUCUGUUUGUGAUUGCAACCUUAGACGGCAGUAUGACACUACCAGGACGUGAGGAGAUGGAUGCUGACACGGAUAAGGACUUCCGGAAUAGGUUAGAAAGGGGCAUGCCAGAACGACACGCGCACCAUAUGGGCACCCUUCAAUGGCGUUAUAAUGACGAGAUUGCCGACCUUGCAGGAUUCGAGCGUAUUCCUCCUGUUGUAGAAGAGUUAUACGAUACAGUACAUGUAACACGAGUUAAGGACAUUGUACACUAUAAGUCGUUGAACUAUCAACUUACAGGACCAAAUACAUAUGUAACUAUUAAUGAGGACAGUUCGACAACGUGAUUAUUACUAUUAUCAAUAAAUCCGGCUAUCCCUCUUCGUUGCCCAUCAUUUUGGGACCAUUCGUAGUUUUAGCUCAAUCCCAUAUUCUGUUAUGUUUAAAUCACUCUGUCCGUCUUUCAUCUCCAAUAUUUCUCUGUUAUUAGUCUUUCUCAAAAAAUACUUUAUGGAUCUUUUUGAAAUCCUUAAAUGUAUGCUUUCUUGGCUUCACUUGUGUAAUAUAGUGAUCGGAUAGACAAAAACUACUGCAAUGUUGGACUGACCGGAACAAAUAUCGAGCAAAUUUCCGAAAAAAGAUUUUUUCACUCUUCUAAUCCAUAUACCCAAUGGUGCAUGCUCAUAGGACAUGACUACAAUAGAAAGUUAAGAGAAAGAUUAGAACAAUAUUAAACGUAUAACAAUCAAUUGCAGGUAAUACAUUGGCUCGUAAAUGUAGAGAAAGAUAAUUUAUCCUCGUGUCUUUAUACAUAUGUAUAUCAGGUAAUAUUUUAAUGUGCCAUGCAGUUGUAAUUCUCAGGCGAUGUUUUCGAAAAAUAUGUUAUUUCUUCUGUAUGUAUACCGGUACUUCAUUUGAACUAUGUACUUAGUGUUUGCGUUACAUACUAGUGUUUGCUUUACAUACUAAUGCCAAGGUAUUGUGUAAAGACGAGUGUCAUCGAUUAAUAAUUAACAGGACCAUUGCUCGAUUCUAAUUGGUCAGUACGUUUUAGGACAAAAUGUGCGAAAAGGCAAUACUCGGGAAAGUUGUUACAAUAAACAGAAUGUAUGAUUAUUUAGGCUAUUGAUACUUCUUCAUAAUCAUCUAGAGAUAUUUCAGAAAACUUUCGUUGCCAGUACUAUAAAUGGUAAUUCCAACUGUUUAAUUGUACAUGUGUUUUCAUAUCAACCAAAUUCGAGUUUGUGCAACAUUGAUCAAGUAACAAGAAUUAAUUAUUAUGUAUGUAAUAUUGCAAAUUAUGCAAUACCUCCUUUGGGAGGCAGAACCCCUGAAAUGGUUACAUGGCGCAUUUUAGCUUUACUUUUCACCAUUUCUUUGAAAAUAGUAGUCACCUGAUAGUAAAUGUACCCCAGUAGGCUGGUAUUGAUAUCAACAGCGUUGUAUUUCAUUAAACAAACUUUUGAAUUUUGUUUGGACAAUAAUAAAGGGAUAGACCAAUAAAUAAAAUAUGCAUCACCCUUCAUUACUUACCGGGAUGUUAUCUAUGUAAUAGAAUACUUCAAUCCUCAGAGUGACAUAAGGAGACCGCAACAAUUGUAAUAGAGUGCGUUAUAGUAGUUAUUUUAACCUCUAAAUAUAGCCUGCCCUGUUGAGCCGCUGAAUUGGUGAAUAUGUGAAAAGGAAAAUAAACGAGAGACCACCGGC